AUGGGUGACAUUUAUGUUAGACGUGCCUUUCGAAUGCCAGAGGAAGACUUCUGGGCGCUGCAUGACUUACUGAAAAGACACAUUGGUGGCAAGGUAUAUUCCAAGAAGAAGAAGCAACGCAAUGGAGCUGUAAAUGGUAUCAUCUCAAGUGCCAUUCGUCUUAGUGUAGCCUUGAGAUACUUCGCAGGUGGAUUGGCAUAUGACAUAUCGGUCAUGCAUGGAAUAUCGCAUUCUUCAGUAUACGUAAGCGUCUGGAUGGUUGUAGAUGCCGUCAAUAAGACCAAAUGGCACCCUCAGUUGGCCAUCGUCUUCCCCAAAGAACACAGCAAACAGUUCGAAAUUGCCCAAUGA